CGUAGCAACAGCAUCAGAGCCAAAAUGGCGUCCGGCGGAGAUCCUGCGUGACACCGAACCGAGUCACAGGCUGAAAGCAGCGGUUUCCGCGACAGCAGCGACGGCAUGGCCUCGGCUCACGGACGGCUGGGUCAGCAGGUUCUGGCCGUGCUCGAUGUGGCUCUGCGGGUCCCGAGCAUCUUUAUCAUUGACGCCAUCUUUAACUCGAACUCUGAUCCCGGGAGCGCGCUCCUCCGAGCCUUAGGGGUUCUGGUGUCCGCUGUGGUUCUGGUUUUGUCCCAGAAGUCUCUGUUCAGGUUCUACUCUCUCUUCUCGGCCGUUAUGUUGGGAGCGGCGUCCGUUCUGGUGAAUUACUACGGCACGUCUCACGCGGACACGUACGGCACUUACCACGUGGCGGCGCUGGGCUUGGGACGGGUGCCGCUCAACGGUCCGACGCUGUGGCUGGGACUGGCGCUGCUGCAGCUGCUUUUCGGAUUGGGAUAUGUGGCGCUGCUCAACGUGCCGCCGGCGUGCGCCGCCCUCGUGGUCCUAGACGUCACGGCCCCCCUGUGGGGACUGGUCAUGGAUCUCCCGGCAGACGUCAGGCGGACGGUGGCGGCGGUCUCCGGGCUGCUGCUGGCGGUGCACGCGGCGGCGAGCCUCCUGCUGAGACUCAAGCGCUUCUAUUACUCAUGCCGCUACGUUCACCUGCUGCUGCGGCACAUGUACCGCAUCUAUGGCCUGCAGCUGCUGCUGGAGGACACCUGGAAGCGCAUCCGCUUCCCUGACAUCCUCCGCGUCUUCUGGCUGACGCGCGUGACGGCACAGGCCGUGGUGCUGGUGUAUGUGGUGAGGGCGGUGCGGUCGGAGAGCGGCCUGCAGCUCACCUGGGACGUGUUCUGGGACCUGUUCAGCAACCUGAUCAUCAGCGGCUGCGACUCCACGCUCACCGUGCUGGGCAUGAGCGCCGUCAUCUCGUCUCUGGCUCACUACCUGGGCCUCAGCAUCCUGGCCUUCAUCGGCUCCACGGAAGAGGAAGACAAGAGGCUGGGCUUCGUGGCGCCUGUGCUGUUCUUCAUCCUGGCCCUGCAGACGGGUCUGAGCGGGCUGGACCCCGCCGAUCGCCUUGUGCGCCUCAGCCGCAACAUGUGCCUUCUGCUCACGGCCAUCCUGCACUUCAUCCAUGGCAUGACGGACCCGGUGCUCAUGUCGCUGGGCGCCUCGCACGUCUCCUCGGCCCGCAGGCACCUGCCCGUGCUGCUGGUGUCGGCGCUGCUGUUCGCGCUGCCCGUCCUGCUCAGUCAUGAGUUGUGGCGUCGCUUCGUGCUCAACACCUGGCUGUUUGCCGUCACGGCCUUCUGCGUAGAGCUCUGCCUGAAGGUGCUGGUGUCGCUCACCGUCUACGGCCUCUUCAUGAUCGACGGCUUCUACAACGUGCUGUGGGAGAAGCUGGACGAUCACGUCUACUACGUCCGCUCGGCCGGCAACAUCAUCGAGUUCGUCUUCGGCGUGAUUAUGUUCGGAAACGGUGCCUACACCAUGAUGUUCGAGUCGGGCAGCAAAAUCCGGGCCUGCAUGAUGUGCCUGCACGCCUACUUCAACAUCUACCUGCAGGCCAAGAACGGCUGGAAGACCUUCAUCAACCGCCGGACGGCAGUCAAAAAGAUCAACUCGCUGCCCGAGGUCAAAGGGGCUCAGCUCCGGGACAUCGAGGACGUCUGCGCCAUCUGCUACCAGGAGUUCGCCGCCUCGGCGCGCAUCACCCCCUGCCACCACUACUUCCACGCGCUCUGCCUCCGCAAGUGGCUCUACAUCCAGGACACGUGUCCCAUGUGCCAUCAGCGCGUCUACGUGGAGGAGGAUGCCCGCGAGCGCGCCGCUUUCUUCAACAACAACGGCUACGCCGCGCCGGGGCAGGAGCGGGCCGAGGACGGGGACGGGCCGGACGCUCCGGAGGUGGCCGAGCCGGGAGGGGCGGAGCCUGAAAACCAACUCCUGGAGGACAACGAUAGUAUCGAGUACGACGAGGAGGAGUGGGGCACGCAGCCCGGCCUGACGCACGUGGAGGAGGAGUACAUGGACGAUGACACCGACUCUAAUUGACCCGCCGCCGCUCACGUUUCAGGAUCAGGGAUGUUGCUUUAGUGACGUCUCUGCGUUCGUUCAAGGGCUGAGACGCUUGUGUUCAUGCUACAGAGCUACUGUACCUCGAUAUGAUCACUACUGGUCUCUUGUGUGACCUUCCUGCUAAUUGUGUACGUUAUUGUACAUGUCAUUAAUGAUUGACAGCUCUCAUUAUCACUGUGCUUCUUAUUUUACAGCUCUUCUGUCUCAGACGGGUUUCUUGUGUUUGUUUGAUUUGGGCUGAAAUGAUUGACAAUGAUUGGAUGUACAUAAAUAAUCAGCCUUAGUUCUUGCGUAAAUAAAAUAAUU